AUAAUAGAUCCUGAUGCUCCUAGUCGAAAGGAACAUACUUAUAGAGAAUGGCACCAUUGGCUUGUUGGAAAUAUACCAGGUACUGAAAUAAGCAAAGGUGAAACUCUUUCAGAAUAUGUUGGUUCAGGACCACCACCAAAUACUGGACUUCAUCGUUAUGUAUUUUUGGUAUACAAACAACCAUCUAAAUUAACAUUUGAUGAACCACGUUUAACUAACAAAUCAGCUCUUAAUCGUGAAAAAUUUUCUAUUCAUAAAUUUGCUAAGAAAUACACCCUUGGAUCACCAAUUGCUGGCAAUUUUUAUCAGGCACAAUUUGAUGAUUAUGUACCAUUGCUUUAUAAACAAUUGGGUGCAGCUUAAUCUGCUAAUAAUGAUUAUCAGUUUUAACCUGGAAAUGUUAAAUCAAUAAUAUAUUAAAUAUGUUCAAAUAUAUAUAUAUAUAUAUACAUAUGUCCUCAUUUCAAUUUAUUAAAUUAUUUAUGUACUUUCUAUAAAAAGUUUUAAUAAAUGAAUUUUUCGACUUAAA